CCUUUACAAGUUUAUCUUUUCCAAAGCCACAACACUUGAUUGACAUUGUAAGUAAAGAGGUUUAAGCGCCGUUAGAAUUUGGCUUUGAUUUGGAAAUAAAUAAGAAAAUGUCGAAAGAAAGCCAGCUUGAAGUAAAGGAAAAUCAAGAUCCUAAUGUAGCUCCUGAAGAAUUUGUCGGCGAUGAGGGACAGGUGGAAGGAUAUCAGAAAGAGGAAGGAAAAUUUAAGCUAGUUUUAUCGAUUUUGAAACAAUGUAUCGGGGUGAAAGACAUUGCAUCCUUACGCUUCAGCCUGCCAGCUCAACUUUUGGAACCAGUAGGAAAUUUGGAGUAUUGGAAUUAUGUAGAUAGACCAGAUUACUUUGCAACUAUGGGCGAUAAUGAUGACGAUCUUGAGCGCAUGCUGUCUGUUUUACGCUGGUGGUUCACAAAGGAUUUAAGAUUUAUACGGGGUCGUGUAGUGAAGCCAUACAAUUCAGUUUUAGGUGAAUUUUUUCGCUGCAAAUGGGAUGUGGAUGAGCCAGUUGUUCGUGAAGACCAUACCAUUGAUCCUGAAUCAUCUCACCUUCCAUUGCACAAGACGGAAUACACUGAAUCAACAAAGUACCCGAUAGGAACUGGAUAUUUUCGCCCUUCCACAUCCCGAUCACAAUCCAGUAAGAGCCUUAUGGGAAAGAAGUCGACAAAGAAGAGCUCAAAGUAUAAUGUUCCCGACGAAAACGCUUCUGCUUCUACUCCCGACUUAAAUCAGGAUUCCCUUACUUCUUCGCUAUCUAAUUUACAACCCCCAAGUUCUGGGAGCGCAAACGAACCUUAUGAGUCCACGAUUCCUACUUCCGAUUCCACGCGCUACAAUGAUGAGCAAUCAGGACUCCGUACUUCUCAAAAGCACCCUGUUGUUUUCAUGGCUGAGCAAACUUCCCAUCAUCCUGCUGUCAGUGCUUAUAUUGUUGCAUGUCCUUCCAAGGGUGUAGAAAUUUUUGGUCAGGAUCAAAUCUCCGUUGGGUUUACUGGAACCUCUUUCAAAGUUUCCUCUGGACACCUCAACAAGGGUGUCUAUGUACGUUUCAAUCAUAGAGAUAAUGAAGAAUAUCUAUGCACACAUCCAUCUGCUUCUGUUGGUGGAAUACUUCGAGGUAAUCUUCAUAUUAAUAUGCAAGAUUCCACAUAUAUUACCUGUCCCAGAACUCGCAUCAAGGCUAUCGUGACUUAUGUGGAAGAACGCUGGCUUGGGAAACCAAAGAGUUUAGUUGAGGGUGUCGUUUUUCGCUAUGACCCUGAAAAUGAUUGUUAUGAUACUAUUAAAUCAGUUCCCAAUGAUUGCAUAUUGGCUACCCUCAAAGGAAACUGGAGAAAUUGUAUUUUUUACAAUUACGCUGGUGAUUCAGAAUCGAAAAUGCUGGUUGAUUUGAAUGAGCUGGAUUUGGUCCAUAAGCGCUGUCCUCCUCUGAAUAAACAAUUCCCUUUCGAAUCUCGCAAGAUUUGGUAUCCUGUCACUCAAAACAUUGUUAGCAAGCGAUAUCCUCAAGCCACCAAGGCUAAACAAGAAAUCGAAGAACAACAAAGACAAGACUCUGCUAUGCGUCAUGAAUCGAACACUGAAUGGAAACCACGCUUUUUUAUUCCAGAUAACGAGAACGGCCAUCCCUCUUUAACAGAGUCUGGCAGAAAGGUCCUUUUAGAAACUCUAGGUGAACUCUGAGCAAAAAGUUAGCUCUCCAAAGCUAAAAAACAAGUGUUAAAGCAAUUAAAGCUUACAAGUUCUUGUCAUUAAGCCAUGGCAUCUUAUAUUAUUGACCUGGAUUUAGGCUUUCUUAGGGAAUGGAAGAAUAAAUUAUUACUUAUGAGUCUAAUUUUUUUAUUGGUUUUUCGUCUCGCUUUGUUUUAUGUGUGUGCACGACAAUUUUUUGAUGAUAGUAAUUAUUCUGUCUAGUGAAAUCGAUAUUUUCAGUAAUGACAUUGUUUUGUGAAGACAAGCAAUUUACAUUUUGUGAAUCUAUAUCUGUUAAUGAAUCUGUUAUCGUUCAGUCUGUGCUUGCAGUUAUUGUGAAGAGUCUCUCAAGCUGUUUCGAUAGAGCCUGCUGACAAGUUAUUAGCAUGGUGUCUGAAUUAGACUUUGUUGUUGUUUAUGUUAGUAUCUACCUAUUAUGUGGAACAUAUUUAAUAAAUUAAAUUAACUGUUUAUGAUCGAAU